AGAAGAAGAGAAGAAGCACGCCCCAUUCAACAUGGCGGCGUAGAUGUCUAACACGCUCGUUUUGUUGACAAAUAUAAAAACUCCAAGUUUAGGCUUAGUUUAAGGUUUUGUAAACACAAAAUAUGUCGAGACUCAUCGUUAAAAACCUCCCAAAUGGGAUGAAGGAGGAGAGGUUUCGAGGGAUGUUCGCGGACUUUGGGACCGUAACAGACUGCACCCUCAAGUUCACCAAAAGUGGCAAGUUCCGCAAGUUUGGCUUUGUGGGCUUCAAAAGUGAGGAAGAUGCGAACAAUGCCUUGAAACAUUUUAACAGGAGCUUCGUGGACACAUCGCGAGUAUCGGUGGAGAUGUGCAAGUCGUUUGGAGACCCCACUAAAGCAAAAGCUUGGAGCAAACACACUCAGAGCUCAGCUCCAGACAAACCAUCCAAACCAACUAAAAAUGACAAGGAAAAGGUGAAGAAGGGUAAAAAUGAAGCCAUCAGUACAUUGGAAAAUCUGGAAGACGAUGAGGGAUUCAAGGAGUUCGUGUCAGUGCAUCAGAAUCGCAGCCAAGCCCCGACGUGGGCAAACGACACAGUGGAGAAGCAGCAGCCAGUCGACCCCGACAGUGGCAAGGCAAAAAGCAAGAAGAAGCCGGCUGCAGAUGAUUACCUCAACUUUGACUCUGAUGAGUCAGAAGAUGAGAAGGAAGAAGAGGACGACAGUGAAGAUGAAGACACAACUAAAGAAGCUCUGAAGUCCAAGUUGUCAGAUAUGGAUUAUCUGCGCUCGAAGGUUGUACGAACUGAGGACGCAAUGGAUGAACAUGAAGUGAAGAAUAAUGUGGAAGCGGUCGGUCAUGAAGACCUUGGACCUGCACAGCUUAACGACAGUGCCUAUGAGAGCGGAGACAGAAAAAAUGCCCUCAAAAUGAAAACGUCAGAGAACAAAAAGCAAGGCAAAACAAAGAAAAGUGCAAAGCAAGAGUUGGAGCCAAUGACAGAGUUCACGGUGAAGCUGAGAGGAGUCCCGUUCACUGUUAAAGAGCAUCAAAUUAGAGAAUUCAUGACACCCCUCAAGCCUGCCGCCAUCAGAAUUGGAAGAAAUGAAAGUGGCAACAGAACAGGCUAUGUGUAUGUGGAUCUCAACUCCUCAGAAGAGAUUGAGAAGGCUUUGAAAAAGAAUAAAGACUACAUUGGGGGGCGCUACAUUGAGAUGUUUCGGGUGGACGCAUCCACAUGGAGCAGGGCUGACCAAACAGACAAAACAAUAGACAGAAACUUCACCAGGAAGCUGAAGGAGAACGAGGAAGAGGAGGAUGUUGCAGACUCUGGCCGGCUCUUUGUCAGAAACCUUCCUUAUACGUGCACUGAGGAAGAAAUCAAAGAUGUGUUUUCUAAACAUGGUCCUUUGUCUGAGGUGCUCGUCCCCUUUGAUACUUUGACUAAGAAACCUAAAGGUUUUGCUUUUGUAACAUACAUGAUUCCUGAGAACGCUGUCGCAGCUUUGGCUCAGCUGGAUGGACACAUAUUUCAGGGGAGGAUACUUCACUUGAUCCCAUCCACCUUGAAGAAGGAAAGUAUUUCAGAUUCAAAAGCUGAUCCAGGUUCCUCGUCUUAUAAACGUCAAAAGGAUGCAAAAAACAAAGAUUCAAGUUCUAGUUCACACAACUGGAACACACUCUUUGUGGGCACAAGUGCAGUGGCAGACGCCAUUGCUGAAAAGUACAACACGACAAAAAGCCACGUCUUGGACCAUGAGACAAAGGGAAGUGUUGCAGUGCGGAUGGCUUUGGGAGAAACCCAGAUCGUUCAAGAGACUCGACAAUUCCUACUUGAUAAUAGUGUGAGCCUGGAUUCCUUUAGUCAGGCAGCAGCAGUGAGGAACACAACCGUUAUCUUGGUAAAGAACCUCCCAGCUGGAGUGACCGUGUCAGAGCUAGAGACACUCUUCUCCACUCAUGGCUCUUUGGGACGAGUGCUGUUGCCGCCGUCUGGCCUUACCGCCAUUGUUGAGUUCCUGGAGCCCACUGAGGCAAAGCGAGCCUUUACAAGACUAGCCUACAGCAAGUUCCAUCAUGUCCCGUUGUAUUUGGAGUGGGCGCCUGUGGGUGUAUUUGUUGCGGCCAAAUCCGAAUCAGUGCCAGAAAAACGAGAGGGAGUGCAAGAAGAGAAGAAAGAACUGAAAGAAGAUAAAGCAGAAACAGAUGAGGAGGAAGAUGUUCCAGGUUCAACACUUUUCAUCAAGAAUCUUAAUUUCAGCACCACAGAGGAAACUCUUAAAGAGACAUUCUCCAAAUGUGGCAAGAUCAAGUCAUGUACAAUCGCCAUGAAAAAAGAUAAAACCGGCAAGUUGCUGUCGAUGGGCUAUGGCUUUGUUGCGUAUCAGACUGCAGUGGGGGCACAGAAAGCCUUGCGACAGCUACAACACUGCGCUGUGGACAGUCACCAGUUGGAGCUGAAGAUUUCAGAGAGAGCUACGAGGACUGCGGAAGUUUCACGCAAGAAGAAGCAAGUUCAGAAGAAGCAAACAGGAUCAAAGAUCCUUGUGCGAAACAUCCCCUUCCAAGCUUCUGUCAGAGAAGUUCGAGAACUCUUUUGUACCUUUGGAGAGCUGAAGACAGUCCGUCUUCCGAAGAAAGCAGCCGGCUCAGGAAGUCAUAGAGGUUUUGGCUUCAUUGACUUCAUCACCAAACAGGACGCCAAGAAAGCAUUUGCUGCACUGUGCCACAGCACCCAUCUCUUUGGGAGACGUCUUGUGCUGGAGUGGGCUGAUGCUGAGGAAACGGUGGAAACACUCAGACGAAAAACGGCAGAACAUUUUCAUGUGGCCAGCAAAAAGCAACGCAAGGCGGAGUUGCUGGAGAAAAUGGAAACCGCAGUAGAUGCGGCAGAUUGAAUGUGUGUAUUGCCUGUAAAUACAGUAGGUUUAGAAGUCUAUGAAGAGACUGGUUGAUUCCUUUUAGCCCUGUCAUUGAGGCAUUGAGCCAGAGUUACUUGGUUAUACUUUAUUUUCAAUGCAAGAUAUGGUACCAUGCAUCUGCACAUCAUUAAUCAUCAUGUGAACGAUUAAAUGAGGUGAAUGAUUUGAGUACACCUUAAACAGUUUUCUUUAUCUGUAAAAUGUGAAUUUAGGUGACAUGUUCAGAUCUGUUUACCUAUUAAUCUUUUUGUAUUGAGGAAAAACUUGUGCAUAGAAUUAUUUAAAAUGAUCUGUUUUAAAUAAACAUAUAUUCUUUAUUUAUAA